UUGAGAAAUAUCAAAACUCAACCAAUCACCACUUUACCCUUCGUCUUCCCUUAUCUCUCUUUGUAAAACCAGAAACCAAAAGCCAUGUUGGAAGAACCAAUCCCCACAGUGCCAUGUUCCAUUUGGACAUCGCUCCUCAGCUGGUUCACCCCAACCGUGUUCUUCGUCUUCCUCAACCUCACAAUCGGUACCAUUUAUUUCACUUCCACUUUGACCUCCAACAAGAACGGCGGCGAUGGCGGAAGACAUGAACAAGACAAUGAAACAAACCCAAAGCUUGUUAGAUCUCCAUCCGUCUUGCAGAGGUUGACAUCGAUCAACUUUUAUGCUUAUAGAUCUCAAGAGCCUGUUGUUUCAUACGAAAGAACACCGGAUUUAAGUGAUUUCCAGUUCUCUUUUCAACAUCAAAUCUCUCCGCAUCAGCAACAGCAACAGAAACAGCAGCCACUGGAUCGAUCACCUUCGUUGCUGCAAAGGGUUAAGUCCAUUAAUCUCAAGAGUUACUUCACGCCGGAGAAAAACCAUGAGAGUGUCUCUCAUUAUGCACCGGACGAGGUAUCUGAUGCAAAAGCGGAGGAACCGGAUGCGACCCAAGGAGAAGGGCGGACGCUCGAUGAAAUCUACAGUCAGCUGAAGGUUGAAAAUCAUGUUUCGAGGACGAAAUCAGAUACCAAACCGGCAUCCGGGGAGGUACCGACUAAGCUUCCGAGGAAGAUGAAAAAAUCCGCCAGCGUGAAGUCUGCUUUUCGGCAUUUCGAGGAAGACAAUAUCUUGGAAGCUCGACGACCGGCCACUGUGAGGGUAGGGAAAGAUAAAGCUACGGCGGAAGACGAUGAAGUUGAUGCCAGAGCGGACGAUUUCAUCAACAAGUUCAAGCAACAGCUCAAGUUACAAAAGCUUGACUCCAUCAUUAGGUAUAAGGAGGCGGUUAAUAGAGGAAGUGGAAGAUGAAAAGUAAAAACAAAA